GCAACCGAGUUCAAUCGAUUAUCGCGAGGCGAGUCAAGAUGGUUAAUUUUGUGGAUUUAGCGUUUCUGGUGGCGGUCGUGGCCGCCGGUGUUUACUAUUUCCUUGACCGGAAGCGAACGUACUGGAAGGAUCGUGGCGUCCCGGGGCCACAGGGUGACCUGCUGUUCGGUAACUUCCGUACCGUCGGUACCGAGGAACACAUUACCGUGCCGAUGAAGCGGAUCUACGAUGAGUACAAGGGCAAGCACCCGUUCGCCGGGAUGUACCAGUUCGUGAAGCCGGUUGCGUUGAUCACCGAUCUGGAGCUGUUGAAGUGUGUGUUUGUAAAGGAUUUCCAGUACUUCCACGAUCGCGGUACGUUCUACAAUGAGCGGGAUGAUCCGUUGUCCGCGCAUCUGUUCAAUUUGGAGGGCCAAAAGUGGCGAGCGUUGCGUAACAAGCUUUCACCGACGUUUACCUCGGGCAAGAUGAAGAUGAUGUUCCCGACGAUCGUAACAGCCGGCAAGCAGUUUAAAGAUUUCAUGGAGGAAACGGUGCAACGGCAGAGUGAGUUCGAGCUGAAGGAUCUGUUGGCACGCUUUACGACCGAUGUGAUCGGCAUGUGUGCAUUCGGGAUCGAGUGCAACAGCAUGAAGGAUCCGGACGCAAAGUUCCGGGCCAUGGGACGCAAGAUCUUUGAGGUUCCGCCGAGCAAGUUUAAGACGAUAUUGAUCAACGGUAUGCCAAAGUUGGCCAGGAUGCUGAGGAUGAAGCUGACCGAUACGGAGGUGUCCGACUUCUUUUUGGGAGCCGUCCGUGAGACGAUCGAUUACCGGCUGAAGAAUAAUGUGCAACGGCAUGAUUUUGUGGACAUUCUGAUCAAGAUGUUGAGCAAGGACGAUAGUAAAUCGGAUGAUGAUUCGCUGACUUUCAAUGAGAUCGCUGCUCAGGCGUUCGUGUUCUUCUUGGCUGGCUUUGAGACGUCGAGCACGCUGCUGACCUGGACGCUGUACGAGCUGGCGUUGAAUCAGGACGUACAGGAGAAGGGACGCCAGUGUGUGCGAGAAGUGUUGGAGCGUCACGAUGGGAAAAUGUCGUACGAAGCUGUAGUGGAGAUGAAGUACCUCGAUCAAAUCCUGAAUGAAACCCUUCGCAAGUAUCCUCCGGUGCCAAUUCACUUCCGUAUCGCAUCGAAGGACUAUCAGGUACCCGGUACAAAAUCGGUCCUGGAAGCCGGUACAGCGGUGAUGGUUCCGGUGCACGCGAUCCACCACGAUCCGGAAAUAUUCCCGGAACCAGCACGGUACGAUCCGGAGCGAUUCAGCCCCGAGGAGGAAUCGAAGCGUCACCCAUACGCCUGGACUCCGUUCGGUGAGGGACCACGGAUAUGUGUGGGUCUCCGCUUCGGCAUGAUGCAGGCACGCAUCGGGUUGGCCUAUCUGCUGGAUGGAUUCCGGUUCGCGCCAAGUUCGAAGACAUCCAUCCCGAUGGACCUAUCGAUUUCAAGCUUCAUUCUAGCGCCAAAGGGUGGUCUUUGGUUGAAGGUCGAUAAACUAUGAAAUACUCUUCACCUUGCGAUCGAGUGAGAUUGUGACUGAGCGAUGUAUCCACUAUUUAUAAUGAUUACGUGUUAAGAUAUUACAAAUAAGUUAUUAGACGAGAACAUGUGC